AUGCCUGGAAUUUACCGUGCCCCGGAGGUAAUUUUGGGAAUGGAUUGGGAUUCUAAAGUGGAUAUUUGGGCGAUUGGUGUCAUGAUGUGGGAUCUUCUUGAAGGCGGCCAUUUAUUCUUCGCGAAGAAAAACCGAAUACUAGAUGAUGAACAGCACCUUGCAGAAAUGGUUUCGCUUUUGGGGCCUCCACCUCCAGAAUUCUUGAAAAGGAGUGAAAAGUGCGAUCAAUACUGGGACAAUCAAGGAAACUGGAAAGGCUCCGUUCCAAUUCCUGAUCAGUCUUUCGAAACCCGUGAGCAGUGGCUUCAUGGGGACGACCGGACCCUCUUCGUACAUUUCUUGCGCAGGAUGUUAUGCUGGAUGCCAGAGGAGAGGCCCGUUGCGGAGGAGCUGGCAUUUGAUGAGUUUUUGAUGCAGCCACAGGCCGCCGCAAUUUCGGGGGCAUCGACCGAGACACCGACGUAG